GGCAGGAGCGGGGAAUGGAGGAGAAUGAGAACACAAAGAUGAUCUAAUUUUGAUUCAUGUGACUAACAGUGAAAUGGAGACCGUGGUCAUUGUGGCAAUUGGUGUCCUGGCCACUAUAUUCUUGGCUUCCUUUGCGGCUCUGGUUGUGGUUUGCAGGCAAAGAUACUGCAGAACAAAGAAUCUGUUGACAAAUUACAACAACAAACCAACAGUGGAUUUAAUUGGAGCCAUGGAAACACAGUCAGAACCAUCUGAUUUGGAGCUGGAUGAUGUCGUCAUCACAAACCCUCACAUAGAAGCCAUCUUGGAAGAUGAGGACUGGAUUGAGGAUGCCUCUGGCCUGGUGUCGCACUGCAUCGCCAUUCUCAAGAUUUGCCAUACUCUGACAGAGAAGUUGGUUGCUAUGACCAUGGGAUCUGGGGCCAAGAUGAAAUCCCCAUCAAGCCUAAGCGACAUUAUUAUUGUUGCAAAAAGAAUUAGCCCAAGAGUUGAUGAUGUGGUGCGCUCCAUGUAUCCUCCACUUGACCCUAAACUUCUUGAUGCAAGAACCACCGCCCUCCUACUCUCGGUCAGUCAUCUGGUGCUGGUGACCAAAAAUGCCUGCCAUCUUACUGGUGGGAUGGACUGGAUAGACCAAUCACUUUCUGCUGCAGAGGAUCAUCUGGCAGUGCUCAGAGAAGCUGCAUUGGCAACUGAACCUGAACGGCCGAUGACAGGAGCCGACAAUUUUCUGCAGGAGCAAUCUGCUAUCUAAACAGUAGUUGUGAAGCAAUUCAUUGGCUGACGGUCCAAGGGAAGAUGCUGCCUUACAGGGGCCAGAGUUCUAUCAAUUAUGUCCUUGGCUUUUAACAGAAUGUAUCAUAUUUCUGAUAGCAUCUGACUCAAUGCAUUGUAGUUAUACUGACCUCAUGAAGAACCUGGUCAUGACUCACAUACACCAGAUAUAUGUUUACAAUAUGAAAAAAAUGUCCCAAAAUAUGUUUUAGUACUGACUGGGGAAUGUCAGAUGCAGAAUACUCCAACCAUCUUGUUAUCAGUUAACUGCCAACUAUUUACUUAACAUAAUGCUCAAAACUUCUUCUGUUGGCUUUAAAAUGGCACAGGAUGGUUAUUAAUAUGAACCAUACAAUGUUCCAUCCAAAUGCACGUUGCACAGCUUUCCAUCACUUUGAGUUAUCCUCCAUGCAAAUCAUGCACAGUAUUUUGGAGAGUACCUACAAGCAGUUCCCCAUACAACUAUAGCUUAUUGUUUUAAAUGUACUUAACUAGCACCCCAAUCACAACAAAUACAUGGGCAAAAAUCCGUUGCCACAUUUUAAAAAGCAUUCCAAGGUUUCAAAACCCAAUCAUAGGUCAGUUCUGCUGAAUGACCUGGGGCUUGCACACAGAAGACCACUCUGCAGCUCCCACACCACCAUUGCUAUUAAGUGCAGCCUAUUCAUACAUGGAGCACAAAUGUAGAACUUCAUGACUUUUUUUUAUAUUUUUUUUUGGGAUCAAGAAUCUUUUUGAUUUUUCUUUCCUUCCUAUAACAACAAAUUUCUGUCUCCCCCUUAUGCCUAAGUACCUCUCUUACUUUUCUCCAUUUCACUUGACCUACAUGUAUGUAACCUUUCCUGUUUUGCCAUUUAAUGUAAAUAGUUCCCAUUAUGCCAAUACAAUGUGCUUCUGUAAUAAACCAAACUCUCCCCCCCCCAAAAAAAAAAAUGGUAGCAAUUUCAGCAAGACAGUGUCCCCAGAUUGUACCAAUUCAGGCAGUAUGGUCCUGAAUUACAGGGGGCUAACCUCUAAAAAUGGGCAGGCUGGUGAAUCUCUGGGUACAACUGGGUGUGGCUAAGGUUGAAUAGGGGAAUGGCCUACAUCACAAUUUUAUAUGUUGAAAUGUCGGUAGGUAUUACAGACUGAGCAUAUACUUCACUUAUAAUGUGAGAAUAUUUCUUUAUUAGGUACUUUAUAAUUUACCUCAAAUAGUUGUAUCAGCGCACUGUAUCAUACGUAUUAGCAUGCAUAUUUAAACACCUCCUCUUGAUUAUUUGUAAAAAUGACUUCCUUUAUUGCUUAAAGAAAUUAUGUAGCGUUGGCUAUGCAGUAAAAAUUUCCAUGGCCAGAGAAGGAAAUAAACUUUUUUUUUUUAUCUUCUAAAAAUGUAUGUUUUUCAAUUAGUUAUAAACUUUUAGUUGGACAUGAAGCAGUAAAUUAUCUUUUCAAAUUACCUCAGCAUUAUCACGGAAAAUUUGGAGCGGAGGCUCUAGUUGCCCAAUAGAAAGGAAGGCAGGAGUGGGUCGCCUCAAAGGCCUAAUUUUCAUAAGUUAAAAAGGUUUUCCUAUUUUAUGGAGCCUUCUAAGAAUGAAGUGGAAUUUGGUUGAAAUUUUUUGCAAACUGUUUUUAUCUUUUAGUGAACAACCAAAUGUUUUAAAUCUGAUAUCAUAUUUCUAUAAAUGGUAUUUAGCACCUCUAGAACAUUGGUCCUGGCCUACACUUCCCCUAGAUGCCACUCAAUUGCCCAAUCUGCCCUAAAUUUUAGUCAUCUCUUACUUUUUUAUUGCCAACACCCUCCCAGCUCUUGUAUAGUAAAUAUAUAAACUAUACAUUCAAGGCGAAACACAAAAACUUUUCGAUUUAACUCGGAUAUAUACUUUUUGUUGCUAGAACUUACACAUUAGGCAGGCAGCAAAAGGAAGAUUCCCAUAAGCAGAAGCAGCUAGUUCAUACAAACUCUUUGCAGGAUUCUCAGUAGAGGAACCUCUGGCAUUUGUUGGGCUGCUGCCGUGGGAAAGCAAAUUAUAAAAAAAGGUUAUAAGUGGGGUAAAUUGGACCCUAUUAAUUAUAGUAAUUUUAAAAUAGGAAAAUCAGUUCGAAAUCCUCAUGAGUAUAGUACCACCCAACCAUUUCUUAUUCCAUGGAAAUUAUAAAAAAUGUAUUUAAGAAUCAGUGAAUACUAUGACUUUUUAAAUCAUUUAAAGGAACAUUAAACAGGUUUAUGGAAUAAA